UUUUUCUUAUAAUAGAAUGCGAUUUCUUUUAACUGCGCAUUUAAAUAUCUUCCUUGUUCAGCGGUUUACGACAGAUAUAGAAUCAAAAAUAGUAUUUGGAAUACAAUAAGGCUAUUGACUAUAAACUUCUUGUUGAAAUGGUGACAAACCGGAUAGGUUAAUUCAAUUGUCAGAAUACAAAAUGCAAAUAUUUGCCAAUGAAACAAAUUAUGCACGAAAAUGGGACUUAUACGACACAUGAACAAAGUUACGAUAUACAUUUAAUCUGGGGCAUUGGAUUGAAUUAUAGGUACUGUGUUUGAUUUGGUUAUUUGCUCAUUUGAAGUUCGAUAUCAUAGUUUUAUUAAAAUGUAUUAUUAAUGCUUGAAUCCAAUUAUCGAAACAAAGAUGAAGUUGUGAUUCAUUGAAAAUACUCAGAAGCGCUGAUUACGAUGGCAGUGACAGAAGAUGAGCUUUUUGAGCGGGCCAUUGACGAGAUCGUGAAGGUUGCAGGAGAAUUGUUGAAAGACAAAGAUCCUAAAGCAAAGACGUUUGUAACAGAGCAAAUAAAUGAUUUACAAAAGUCAAUUGAACAAAAACUAAUCCAGGCAGAAAAAGAGGACGAUGAGACAGAAAUCCAGUCAAUACAAGACAGGAUCAAAAAGCUGCUGGAGAGAGGGGUGGAGGAUCCAGGAGAUAAAGCUCUGGACCACGUGAAGGUCUUCCAGAACCUGAAGGAAAAAGAAUGGGAGGAGGUCAUCAGUGAGACCGAGGAUCCACUGCAUAUUGUGCAUGAGAAGUUGCUCAAUAUUCUUAAGCGAGCUUUCAAGGCGGCAGCAGAACGCAUGCGAGAUUCACGUGCUAAAAUCGUGCAACAAGUUUUACAACCCGGUUCAGAUUUUAAAAAGACUCAAGACAGACGGCAAGAUGUGGAAGCCGUCCAUAAACAAGAGGCGGAUUUAAUUGAGCUUAGUUCCCAGUGUCAGUUAAAAGCAAUGCCGUUUUGCAUUGAUUCAAUUAAAAAGAACAUCAGGGACGCUAUACUAGAUGAGGACAAAGAUCUGUGUACAGUGCCUAAUGCCUCCGAUGCAUUAAAUACGGCAAUAGAUAACUACUUUCUAAAAUGUAUAGAGUUUUCUUGGGCGGCGGCCUUUGAAGAGCUGCCUCCUAUUCUGCUUGUAUGUGAUCCGAAAAAAGAAUGCCCAAAGAUAAGCGGCAGCUUUACAAAUCUCAAAAAAGUACCACGACAGUAUACAGUUGUAUGGCCGGCCUUAGUUCAAGGAGAUUCCAUUAUCAGUCCUUGGGUUUUGAGUGAAAAAACUCAGCCACAUCCCAUAGCUACACACACACGAGUGAAGGAUAAUAAGAAUUGAAAGAAUCCAAACAUGAAAAAAUAAAGAGAAACUUGAUUUUUAACUUACCGUUUCAGUAUCCAUAAAACACUGCAAUAUUAGAGGAUAAUCUUUGUCAACUCAUCAAGAAGGCGAAUGUUAUCCGUUUUGUUUGGAAAGAAAUUAGCAUGUUUUAGGCACACAUAUUGUGUUUUUGUUUGUAUUUCAUAGUGUAUGUAUGACGCAUACAUGUAAAACGAGUAAAGAAAUUAAUUUGAACGUCGAUUUAUAUAAUAUGAUUAUACCAUUAAGUAUUUUGUUUUUAAAUGUUUUCUGUAACUCA